AGGAGGCAAAACCAAAUGCAGCGAAAGAAUUUUUGUUGCUUUCUGUGUAUUUGUUUGUGUUAGUGAGUGUGCGUGUGUGUCCGUUUCUGUGUGGCUGUAUUUGUGCAAAGAAAAGGCAGCAGGAAAAGGCAGUUGGAAUUUGUUGUUGCCGCUACCGCAGCCGCUGCCGGCUUCGCUGCUGUUACUUUGAUUUUUUUGGGCCCAGGUGAAGAAUUUGUAUAGCCAAUACAAACCUGUUCAAUAACAGCAACAACUAAAACAACGCAUGCAACAAAAACUACAACAGCAAAACAAAACAGCGAAAAAAGUGGCACAAGUGAAAAUUCCUGUGUUGCGACUGUAUGUGUUUGUGUGUGUGUUAUUUUUUUGACAGUCUUGGCCAAAAGUGAAAAUCAAUUUGCUGAGUGUGCGCGGGCUACAAACACAGAGAAGGAGAGAGAGAGAGAGAGAGAGAGCGAGUGAGAGAGCGCACAAAGUUUCGUCCUUUUAGGCCAAAAAUACCAAAAACCUACUAUGCGAGAACGAGAACGAAAACUUGACGAAAAAUCUACCGAAUGCCGAUAAAAACAAUAACAACAACGACGAAAGAAGAGCAACACAAAGCAAAAAGUAAACAAGCUGUGCAAUACAACAACAACUACAACAACAUCAGCUGCACAGACAACAACUAAGUAAAAGCAUGAUGUACUUUCCAAUUGUAAAACUGUCAAGUGAAUGGAAGCGCCAUAAGGAAAUGUCCACGCGAAACAAUUUUCAGCUAAUGCCAAUGGUCAGCUCAAUCAAAUAAAUGUCCUAUUGAGAACAUUUUCGAGAUACUAACAAAAAAUACGAACUGCAAAUAGAAGUAAUCUGACAAAACUAGAAAACGAAAAAUCGAACAACUUGCCUGGAGCCACAGGUAACUUUUUGUUUGUUCACUGUGACGCUGUGCGCGAAAAGCCGUCAAAAUUACGACGUAUCACCCACCCACGCCCAAAGUCAAACAGAACCCGGCCAACAUGGACAGCACGUCCGGGCCGGGUGCGUUUGACGAUGAGCCGCCGCCGGAGCCACGGGAUGGCUGGCUACUGGUGCGCAUCCACGUGCCGGAGCUGAAUGUCUACAAGUGUCUGCAGUUCCCAUCGGAGCGACUCGUCUGGGAUGUCAAGCAGCAGGUGUUGGCCUCUUUACCAAAGGUGGCUUUUUGGUUUAAGGAGCUGAAGGAGAGCUUCAACUAUGGCCUCUUUGCACCACCCUCGAACGGGAAAGCGGGCAAGUUUCUGGACGAGGAGCGACGCUUGGGCGACUAUCCAUUCAAUGGACCCGUCGGCUACCUUGAGCUCAAGUACAAGCGUCGCGUGUAUAAAAUGCUCACACUGGACGAGCGCCAGCUGAAGGCGCUGCACACGCGCGCCAACCUCCGUCGCUUCUUGGACUGCAUCAAUGGGGGCCAUGUGGAGAAGAUAGCCAAGAUGUGUGCCAAGGGCCUGGACCCAAAUUUUCACUGCUCGGAAAGCGGCGAGACGCCGCUCUCGGUGGCUACUGGUGCUAAGAAGCCCAACAAGCUGCUCAUUGCUCUGGUCAAUGGCGGUGCUCUGCUGGACUACCGCACCAAGGAUGGCACCACAGCGCUCCAUCGGGCUGUCGAACACGAUUCGCUCGAGGCGGUCAGCACGCUUCUGGAGCUUGGCGCCUCGCCCAAUUAUCGUGACGGGCGUGGCAUAACGCCUCUGUACAUCUCAAUAACGCGCAAAUGCGACGCAAAGAUUACGGAGAGCCUGCUGCAUGACCACGCCACGCUGGGCAUACAGGACAGCCAGGGCUGGAACGAGGUGCACCAGGCCUGUCGGCACGGCCUGGUGCAGCACUUGGAACACUUGUUGUUCUACGGUGCUGACAUGGAUGGACGCAAUGCGUCCGGUAACAGCCCGUUGCAUGUUUGCGCUGUUAACAACCAAGAGGCUUGUGCUAGAAUGCUUCUCUUUCGCGGCGCACAACGCGGUGCCCAGAACUUUGCCAACCAAACUCCCUAUCAGGUUGCGGUCAUCGCUGGCAACUUGGAACUAGCUGAGAUCAUCGAGAACUACAAAUCGGAGGAUAUAGUACCCUUCCGGGGACCGCCACGCUACAAUCCGAAACGGCGUUCGGGCAUCGGCUGGCUGAGCGCCAAUGGGGCCGCUGGCGCUGCGCUGCUGGCAGCGGCUGCCGGUGGGCUCGGUGGUGCAGGCGCUGUGCCGGGGCAGGGUGGCCAGCAGCCGGUCUGUGUGAAUGGCGGCAAUGGGCCGAUGGGCACGCUCACGCGACGUGAGCUGCAGCAGCUGCAGCCGCCACACCACCAUUUGACCCAUCCGAACCACCAACAGCCCCACAGCCAUCAGCACGUGCAGCAGCACUUGCACCACCAGCACCAGCACCAGCACCAGCAGCCGCAUCUGCAGUUGCACGGCCCGCCCUCGCCCUGUCCAUCGGAGCACAUGCUGGGCGCCUACAGCUCGGCCAGCUCGAGUCUAUCCGAGGGCUCGUCGGGACAUCGCUCGCACGAAGACGACAUCAGCAUUGUGACAGAUAAGUCGCUGGGAGACACCAGCGACAUCAUCAGCGACUCGUCGGGCGUGGGCACCAACUCGGACUCGGCCGCCUGCUCCAUUGGACAUCCCAGCACCACGGUGGUGUGCAUGGAGCCCUAUGCGGGCAACACGGUGGGUCACAUACGCCUCCAGCCGGGCGACGUGAUCGAGGUGGUGGGCAGCACCGAUUGCGGCCUGCUCGAGGGCUAUGUGCGCGGCACCAACCAGUCGGGCUUCUUCCCCGCCGAUUGCGUCCAGGAGGUUAAUCUGCGCCAGAAGCACAUCACCAACGUGAUGACCGCCAGCACGGGCAUGGCCCCACAGCAACACCAACACCAACACCAACAGCAGCAGCAGCAGCAUCAGGUGCUGCAGGCCCAACAGGUGCAGCCAGGCUCCUACCAGGGCUCCCCACAGCUGAGCCUGGGCGGCCACUCGGGCAGCUCCAGUACGCUGCUCCAGCAGCCGCAUCAAUCGCCCUCGCUCUCCAUGACCAGCAACGGCUCCUGCCAGCAGCAGCAGCAGGGGCAGCAGCAGCCCGAGGACAUGGUCAACAAUACGAUUGGACAGUACAGCAGCGCCACAGCGCCACGCAUCAAGAAGAACGCCUACAACGCGCCCCGCUCAGUCGUGUUGCACCGGGCUAAACGUGGCUUCGGCUUCAUUUUGCGCGGCGCUAAGGCCAGCUCUCAGCUGAUGCAACUGCGUCCCUCGGAGCGCUUCCCGGCGCUGCAGUACUUGGACGACGUGGAUCCGGGCGGUGUGGCCGACAUGGCUGGACUGCGUCCCGGGGACUUUCUACUCACCAUCAACGGAGAGGAUGUGAGCGCCGCUUCGCAUGAGCAGGUCGUCGAGAUGAUACGCUCCGCCGGCGCCCUGGUCAACAUGACCGUCGUCUCGCCCCAGUUUCCGCUUCAGAUGCAGGCCAGCGCCCAGUACCUGCCCAGCGGUGCCCGCGCCGGCAGCCAGCAUCUGUCCAGCGGACCCAGCACGCCGCAGAGCGCACAUCGCCAAUGCGCUACGCUGCCUCGCAAGAUGUCCAUGGGUCCGGGCAGCCAUGCCGGCGGCAGCGGCUCGGCCGGCGGCGGCAGUGUUCGAAUGGCGCCGAUGCCACCGCGCCGCGAUCCAAAGACUACGCUGAGCGUGGGCCGGGCCAGGGCCAAGUCGAUGGUGGCGGGCCUGGAAAAUGGGGGCGAGAAGGAGCAGGAGGAGCAGGUGCCGCAUGCCAAGUCCAAUUCGGUCGAGUCGAUCGCCACGCCCACGCCCACACAUCCGGGCACGCCGGUGCAGCUGCGCACGGCCAGCAUCAAGGCGCGGCCCACAUCGAGCCGUAUCACCGCCGCCGAGCUGGAGGAGCUCUUCCAGCGGCAGCAGGGCGAGGGCGGCGCUAGCAAUGCCAGUCGUUACGCUACCAUGAUGACCAGCUCGCGGUUCCAGUCGGGCACGGACAGUGGUGCUGCCACGCCUCCUGGCGCCAACGGAUCGCCAAUGCGCACAGGACCACAGGUCUACGGCAGCGUGGCCGAAAUGAAGCGCCAGAAGACGGCGCGAACCAAGCACGGCAGCGGCACGCUGCGUGGCAAACCCGUGGCCACGCCCACCGUGGGUGGGGCGGCCGCAGGCAGCGGUCGGGAUCUGAAGCGCUUUCACUCGACGCCGGAUCUGCACGGACCGCAGCUGCACGGCUCGGCCUCGUCCAUCUGGCAGGCCGCAGGCAAAGGCCAUCACUCGCAGGACGACGUGGCCACGUUGCACGCCUCGCUGCAGCGCCUCAACACGACGGGCGACAAGGAGAGCAAAGGUGGGGCGGGUGCAGCUGGUGCCGUUCUGCCACCACCCAAUCACCCACCGCCGCCGCCGCCAGUGGGCCAGGUGGUGAAGGUGGAAACUCGCAGCAGUGUCUCGGAGUACGAGAGCACGAUAUCGCUGCAGCAGAAGCUGAAGAAGCGUGCGGAGAACGACGCAGUCACCUCAGCGGCCAUCGAUGGCGUCCAGAGCAGCUUCAAUCCUUCGGCCAAUGCCAAGAUCUAUGCCUCGCCGCAGGAGCUGCGCAACGUGAUGGCCUGGAAGCUGCGGCAGGCGCAGGAGAAGCCACAGCAGGAGCCACAGCCACAGUCACAGCAGCAGCAGCCGCAACAGCAACAACAACAGCAACAUGUCAGUCAAUAUGCAGCACCAACACAGCUGCGUCCACAGGCUCCGGCUCCAGUGGGCUCCCACUAUGCAGCGCCACAGGUGCAGCAGCAGCCGACAGCAGCAGUGGAUGCACCACAAUCACCACCUGCACCACCACCGCCGCCAGCAGCAACACAACAACAGCAACAACAACAGCAGCAGCAACAUUCAAGUGGCACUGCAAACGCAUCAGCAACUGUUGCUGGUCCAGCACCGCCAAUACCCGAGCCGGACUACAGCUGCAGCGAGUCGGACGGCGAGGAUGAGAACUCGAUUCUGGUAGCCCGCAACACGAAGCUCAAUGAGAAAAUCGCGCUGUUCGACGUGCCGGAGACCAGUGGCAACAGCCAGGGCAGUGGCAGCAGCUCCGCCUCUGGCUCGGGUGCCUCCAUCUCGCACUCGCUGUCCGUGGAGGAGAUACAGCGCAUUCGGAGCAAUCUGAAGACCUCCAAGUCGUCGCCGAACGGCUUUCUCAAGAAGGAGGAGGAGCAGCAGCAGCAGCAGCACCCCCAGCAGCAACAAUUGCUGCCACAGCCUGCUGCUGGCGAGGAUGAGUGCGACAACAGCAGCUCGGGCGUCAGCAGCGACCAGGAGUUGCUCGCCACCUGCGCUGCGAAGCCCACGGAUACCAUAAAGAAGAAGCCAAGCGUAACUAUUGUGGAGGAGCCGAAGACCAUACCGGAUCCACCAGUCAAGCCCCUGGCCAAGACGACCAUCAGUAUUGGAGCAGCAACAGUCAACAGCAAUAGCAACAGCAACAGCAUUAAUGUUGGCACAAAUGUGGCGCAUGCUGCAGCUGCCUACGAGGCGGCCACUAAGAGCAGCAGCUCCAAUCUGAACAACAAUGCCAGCAGCAACCACAACAACAACAGCAGCAGCAUGACAGCAACAGCCACAGCUACAGCAACAGCGCCUGCAACAACUACUCUGACUGUUAAGCAGCUGGUGCAGCAGCAACAUGCGCCGGUUAUACAACAGCAGCAGCAGCAGCUGAGCGGCGCUAAGCCGGCAGCAAUGGUUGCAACCAAGCUGACAGGCAACACCACUCAAAUUAAGUCGAAUCAGCCCGUGCUCAGUCCUCAGGUGCUCGGUCGCAUACCCAAUGUGCACCACCAGCAGCAACAGCAGCAGCAGCUGCUGCAGCAACACCAAGCGAAUCCCAACAUAAAGCUGAUUGCCACACAGCAGCAGAUACUGCAGCAGCAGCAACAGCAACUGGCACACCAGCAACACUUGCAGCAGAUUCUCAAAGCCAAAGCAGCGGCCGCUGGUGGCGCCAGCACCGCCGCACUGGUGGCGAAGCAGCAGCAGCAGCUACACAAGGGCCACGACUCCGAACUGGAGCAGCGAUCCGAUCUCGAUGACGACGACGGCGAACUGAGUCCCUCGCCACCGGCCAAAGCAUUCCAGCGGCACAACUCUUUGACGCGCAAGCAGGCGGCGGCCAUCGCCAUGCAGCGGGGCGCCACACGCACCACAGCCGUAUCGUUGGUGCAGCUGCCUCCGCCUCUCGAGGCGGACAGCGACAGCGAGCCCACGCCGCAGCAGCAUCUGCUACAGCAGCAGCAGCAACAGCAGCAGCUGGCCACGCACAUUGUGGGCAUGCUGCCCAGCGGCCAGUUGGUGGCAGUGCCCUCUGCGGCUGUUGCUGCUGCCACCGCUGUAUCGCAGUCGGGCAACAACAAUCUGCAGCUGUGCACCGAGAAUCUGGUGUUGGCGCCGCCUCCCCAAUUCUGCGACUGCAAUGAUGCCAAGCAUGCGCCGCAGUAUCAUCCACAGCAGCAGCAGCAACAGCACCUGCAGCAGCAACAGCAACAGCAGCUGCAGCAGCAGCACCAACAACAGCUACUGCAGCAGCAGCAGCGUCACCAGCAGCAGCUGCAAUUGCUGCAGCAACAACAGCAACAGCACCAGCAGCAGCAGCAACAGCAGCAGCAGCAACAACAGCAGCAGCAUCAGCGGCUGUCUGGUGGCGCUGGCGCUGGCGCAGUUGGCACCUUGGGGCGUGUGCGCAUUGUAGGCGCCAUGCCCAAGGCCAAUCACCAUAGGCUGCACUAGAGCAGCCAUCGAUAACUUAUCGAUCAAUCGAUUGAUUGAUCAACAAUUUGCCAAAAACGUUUAAACGUUAAUUAGAAUUA